CGUUGAGCCCCUACCGGGCCCGCACGGUGGCCGAGGAGCGCGAGUGACCUGCAGGCCCCGGGCCGGAGAGGGCAGCAGUGUCCUGGGGUCGUGCGCUCAGAGCGCCGUGGGGCACAACUUGAGAGGAGACUGUAGUCCAGAGUGGGCUGCGCUGGCGGUUUCGUUUCCGGGUGUGAUGGCCCUGCGUUUGAGAGCGAACUCAGACGUUGCCUUAAUGAUGAAUGUGAACGUUGUCAAGCUGUGCCCUUGAUUGUGGAGUGUGAUAAGACAUUCUUUUUAAUCGGGAGUCAGUUAUCUGUCAGGCCCCUGAUAUGAAGGAGAAAAGGGGGAACAAGUCGUGGAUGGUCUUACACAAUUUCUUCGUUUAAAGACUUAUCUCCAGUAGGAUGGGACAUGAAUUAUCUCCCUCUGACUACCAUUUCAGUGCUGUAAGUGUAAAGCCAGAAAGUUCAGCCUUCAAGUUGAUAACUAUUUACACUUUAACCCUUGGAGUUGUGGAGGCACUGCAGUGAAGAACUAUGUAAUCAUGGAAUCGCCUUGCUAAUCAUCACCACCUGUUCUCCUUGAUAAGCCAGCAAGAAAGUGGGUCGAGGAGGAGGAAAAGAGGCCAACAUGAAGCUAAAGCAGCGAGUUGUGCUGUUAGCAAUACUCCUAGUCAUCUUUAUCUUCACCAAAGUUUUCCUGAUAGACAACUUAGAUACAUCAGCUGCCAACCGAGAGGACCAGAGGGCUUUUCACCGAAUGAUGAGUGGCUUGCGGGUGGAGCUGGUGCCUAAAUUGGACCACACCCUGCAAUCUCCUUGGGAGAUUGCAGCCCAGUGGGUGGUGCCCCGGGAAGUGUACCCUGAAGAGACACCAGAGCUGGGAGCAAUCAUGCAUGCCAUGGCCACUAAGAAAAUCAUUAAAGCUGAUGUGGGCUAUAAAGGGACACAACUAAAAGCUUUACUGAUACUUGAAGGAGGACAGAAAGUUGUCUUCAAACCUAAGCGGUCCCCUUCCGGUUCAGGAGUACAACUGAACAGCCAUAGGUAUAGCAGAGACUAUGUGGUAGAAGGGGAGCCUUACGCUGGUUAUGACAGACACAAUGCAGAGGUGGCAGCCUUUCAUUUGGACAGGAUUCUGGGUUUCCGCCGAGCUCCCUUGGUGGUUGGCAGAUAUGUUAAUCUGCGGACAGAGAUCAAGCCUGUGGCCACGGAGCAGCUGUUGAGCACCUUCCUAACUGUAGGGAACAAUACGUGUUUCUAUGGGAAGUGUUAUUACUGCCGAGAGACAGAGCCAGCGUGUGCUGAUGGAGACAUGAUGGAAGGAUCCAUCACACUUUGGCUUCCAGAUGUGUGGCCCCUGCAGAAACAUCGACACCCCUGGGGCAGGACGUACCGAGAAGGCAAAUUGGCCAGGUGGGAAUAUGAUGAGAGCUACUGUGAUGCUGUGAAGAAAACGUCCCCCUAUGACUCAGGCCCACGCCUGUUGGACAUCAUUGACACUGCUGUCUUUGAUUACUUGAUUGGCAAUGCCGACCGCCAUCACUAUGAAAGCUUUCAAGAUGAUGAAGGCGCUAGCAUGCUUAUCCUUCUUGAUAAUGCCAAAAGCUUUGGGAACCCCUCGCUGGAUGAGAGAAGCAUUCUUGCCCCUCUCUAUCAGUGUUGCAUCAUUCGGGUUUCAACCUGGAAUAGACUGAACUACCUAAAGAAUGGAGUGCUAAAGUCUGCCUUAAAAUCUGCCAUGGCCCAUGACCCCAUCUCCCCUGUGCUCUCUGAUCCACACUUGGACACUGUGGACCAGCGGCUUCUGAAUGUCCUUGCCACUGUCAAGCAGUGUACUGACCAGUUUGGGAUGGACACUGUGCUGGUGGAAGACAGGAUGCCGCUCUCCCACUUGUAACUCUCAACGUGAAACAGGUGGAACUGGUUUAUACGAAGAUAGAGAAACAGCACAAUCAAUUCCAAGUGGCAUGUGAUGGCCUGGAAGUGGCCAGCAGCGGGUAUUGGUGGUGCUGAGAGUGCUUGGUGUUUACUGCAGUGUCGGCAUGGGAGCUUGUCUGUGGAGUCACCUGGCAUCCACAGCAGUGGCCUAUUCAGGCAGCAGGCUCCAUCUCUGGUCAGUCUUAUUCCCACAAAAAGGACAAACAGGUGUGACACUGGCUAAGCAGUUUGGUUCCAGAGUUUGUGUCUGGGGUGGAGCAUGCCAUCUUUUCUCCACACCCAUAGAUUCUGUAGAUUGACUUUGCAGUCCCUUGUGUCUUUAAAAACAAACAACAAACAAAGGCAGAACUAGUCAGAUUAUAAAAUGUCCUGCUCCUCCAGAGUGGCAUCAGACAAAAGAGCACAGGCUGCUGGAGGAGACCCAUUUUAAGGUAGAUGGAGGAAGGGAAGGUCAGGUCAGGAAGGUGUUGGGGCUCGUAGCUAUUGAGUGCUAUGGAUUUGACAUCUCAGGGAAGAGAAGAGGGAGGGACUCACUCUGUAGAACCAGGAGGAUGAUUGCCUUAGUGAAAAUCAGCUUCCCCUGUGUUUAGGUUCUUAAAUGUGUCCAAAGCAAACACUCACCCUCUAGUCCUGUUCAAAUAAACCAAAACUGUCUACAGAGGAAAUAGGAUUACAACCCAAGCAUACUCCCUGCCAGGCACUGACUUACCCUCUAAGUAGCAAAACAAGCUGAAAUAAUACAAGUUUGGUACCUGUGAUCUCUGUCAUCCUCACCUUCCCCACACACACACACACACCUUGUUGGUAUUGUUUAUUUUGAGGUAGACUAUAGGCUCUUACUCUAGCCCAUGCUGGUCUGGAAUUUAGUAUAUAAUCAGGCUAGCUUUGAACUGGCAGCAAUCCUCCUGCCUCAGCCUUCCACAUGCUAGGAUUAUUAGUAUGAGCAACCAUACUCACCUCUCGUUUCUCUUCUAAGGUGUAAGGCAUUUAAUCAGCGAUGCUGCUGUCAUGAGGUUAAUGGCCUUGUUUGUGCCUUCUUAUUAGAAAGCGUCCUGCUGGUUGCUGGACUGAGCUUGUGAUGUAGGCCCUGCAGGUAGCAGAGAAAAAGAUUUUAAGCCUUCUGAGCCUUGAAACUGAGACUACCAUGAAGAGCCUUAAUAUUUUGGUUCAUAUUGGAGUUUUGAACCCAUGGUGUAGUUAGUAGAAUUCAUCUCCUUGCAGCAUUGUCAAGUUUAGGCUUAGUUGUGUGUUCUGGCAAAGUCACUUGACAUGGAAGCAGCUGGUGGUAAAUUACAGGGCUCGGGACGGUGUCCACACACGGAGCUGUGUGUUCCCUCUGCCUCUUGUCCAGUUCUGGACUUCUGUCAAGACCAGCCUUUCAGUGCCAUGCUUGACAUUUAGUGCCAGCCAUGGAGCCUGGAUUGAGCAACUACCUUCUGAGUUUAAGCCCUCAGGUUUCUCACACUUGGCAAGGUUGGCAGGGCAGGGAGGCGGCCAUAAGCUUCUAGCUCCAAAUUUAUAGACACAAAAGUUGUGUUGGAGAAAAAAGGAGAGGCACGUUUUUAAAAAGUGUUGUAACUCUGGCCUCUUUCCAGGUCAUUUAUGAGAGUUAGGGCUGUUAUAAUCAAGCCACCAGAGGGAGCUAGGUCUGCUCUAAAUUACAUUUGCCAACUGAACACUGAAUACAUGGACAUAUUUACUACAAAACCAAGAAACUGGAACCUAUUGCAGUUUCCUCAUUUGCUCCCACUUCUUAAAUAUAUGUAUUCUGAAGUUGAAAUGAGAAAUUUAGGUAUAGAAUUUUUAUUCUCAAACUGUUCCUUAGUCUCAGGCUGCACUGUGCUAUAAAUUCCUUUUAAAACAAUGGGCUCUAAUUUGCUGAAGAUGGGUGGUAUUUUUAAGGUAUGUCUCCCUGUUUGCACUCAGGGUUAAAGUGUCAAGACUAAAUUUUAAGAAGAAAAUGGAAGGAUUUGACUACAUUUAUUACAGAUUAUUUUAGCAAAGUGAAUCCUGGCAGCUUUUCUUUUUUUCCCAGUGCUGGUGACAGAAUUGCCAUCCAAAGAAUUUGUGUUUUCUUUGAAACACUCACACCUUGGCUCUGCAUCUCCAUGACCACACCCUUCAGCCUCCCUUCUCAUUCCUCACUUGGUCUCUUUGACCAGCAAUUGACCUUCUCUUGUGACCAUAAGACAGCUUCGGUCAGCAAGCUCCCUUGUGCCUCUGAUCUGGCUUUCAGGAUGGUGGGUACAGGGCUUUUUGGGUCAGUAUGGCCGUGUUGUAUUCUGCCAAGGAACAUAGAUUUCCUUUGACACAAGGAAAUACUGACUGACACUGAGAAAGGACUUGGCCAGUAAAGGUUAGCACGUUCACCAAGCAUCUCCUGAGCAGUCUGCUGAGCCAGGUGACCUGACUGUGAAACUUGCUCCAUGGGGGAGGCUGGCUUUUCUCCCCUGUAUCUCUCUAGGCUGGGUGGUGAAUGGGGACUGGGUACUGCACUGUCACGCGUUUUUAGGACCUACAGUGAUCCUCAAACUAUUGGGGGAGGCUGGGAAUAACUUACUGGGAGAUUAAUUUAUUUGUCUAAAGGGUGGUGUAGGCAUCACUGCCCUCUUGUUUGAUCUGCCUGGGAUUUCCUCUUGGAGCUGUUGUACAGACAGAGGUUGUACUUGGUAAGACACCAAACAAAUUUCUAAUGUGUUCUAUGGGUUUCAAUUCUGAAAAAGAAAUAAUAAAGAUUUUAAUAUAUA